CCCUUCCCAUCACCUGUUCACUCUCACAAAUCAGUGUAGAGGUCUUUUACCACACUAAGUGAAACUCACCCUUGUUCUUACGUCCCCCUACGUCCCUUUCUCCUAGGUUUGGGGCAGGUCCCAGUCCAGAACAGAGGCAGUGACUACCAGGACUAAAUUACAGGAAGCCUGUGGAUUUAGGAGAUUUUUUCAAGCAAGAGGAUUCUAAAAUCUCAAAGGAAAGAUGUAAAAGAUUGAUUAGAAAAUUCUGAAUUUUCCUCCUUGGAUUACUUUUUCUUUUAUAUUCCUAUCUGAAGAUACUGCACCUGCUUUACUGUUGAAUUUAAUCUGCUUGUCACCUGGAUCUCUGCCAUUCAGAGACAGACAGCAUCAUUAUGGAAUUGCUAUAGACAAACUACUCCAGGGAUGUCUGGGAGUCCAGUGAGAACCUUCCCAGCUCUGGGCUAGUGAUUCACAGAGUGCUAGUUGGAAGAAUUCUUCUUCCAUCAGUUUCAACUCAUCCGUGUUUAAUUCUCUUGACGAAAGCCUUGUGGAACAAUGGCAGCUCACAGAAACUCUGGUUUCCUCCUCAAUCUCUCCCACCACCCACGAUGGACACAAGAUCCUUCAGUUAGAGAGAGAAGGAGACAAAGAAGGACAGAGGAUACAGACACAAUGAACAGUAGGACCCGCGUGUUGUCAUCUGUGGUGCUACGUUCAAGAAGCUGGUGGGGUGACUGGUUGGUGUUGUCCCUCCUAAUCACUGUUUAUAUACCCUGUGCGGCCUGGGGCACCACAUUCACUGUGGCCAUAAUUGGGCCCUGGACAUGUGACCCUAUGUACUCCAAAGCCCUCCCUGACCUGGCUGCCCGCCUGGCCACCGCGCGCCUCAACCAUGACCCCUACACUAAGAAAGGCUACUGGUAUGACUAUGCUCUGGUCAACGAGGACUGUAAAACAUCACGUGCCCUAGCCCGAUUCACUGCUCUGGAAAGCUACGGCUCUGCUUUCCUCGGCCCAGCAAACCCAGGCUACUGCUCAUCGGCUGCCCUGUUUGCAAAAAACUGGAAUAAGCCCCUCUUGUCCUGGGCCUGCCUGAAACCCAACAUGGAGGAAGGACAGUAUCCCACCUUUCAUCGGCCCUUGCCCCUGUCCUCCCGGGUUCUGUUCACUGUCUUGCGAUAUUUCCGCUGGGCCCAUGUGGUCAUUUUGACAUCAGAGGAUGACCUUUGGGAAGCUACAGGGCACGAGCUGGCUGCCUCUCUCAGGGCCCUGGGUUUGCCGGUCAGCAGCGUGAUCACCAUUGAGUCGGACAAGGAGGGGCCCACAAAGGCAUUGAAGAUGAUUAGGGAGUUAGACCGUGUCAGAGUGGUCAUCAUGUGCAUGCACUCAGCUUUGAUCGGUGGUGAGACCCAGUAUCAGCUCCUAACUGCUGCCUUCAACACACGUAUGAUAGAUCGUGGCUAUGUUUUCAUCCCCUAUGACACCCUCACAUACUCGCUGCCCAAAGGAACAAACCUUCAUGCCCUGACUAAUGAUAGCUUGUUGAGAAAAGCUUACGAUGGAGUGCUCACCAUCACCAUGGAUUCUGGCGAGAACACUUUCUAUGAGAACUUCAAAAAUGCUCAGGAGAAAUUUGAGAUCCGCACCAGCACUCCCCCAGAGCAGGUGUCACCUUUCUUUGGCACAAUCUACAACAUGAUAUACUACAUGGCCUAUGCAGUGGAGAAGAGUCGCAUGGCAUCGGGACGCUGGGUGGAUGGGGAGACCAUGCUUGAGAGCGAUGGAGGGGUUGAAUUCGAGGGCUUCAACCAGCACAUCUCAUCUGACGAAGAUGGGUUGGGGAUGCUGGCUCGUUAUGUGGUUCUGGACUCGAAUGGGGGUGACGAACUCUACAUGACACACACUCUGGAGGCCCCUCACACUGUUGGCAAAUACGGGACUGUCAAGUACAAUGGCCGCUCCAUCCACUUUGCAGGCAGUACACCCAGCAAAGACUCUCGCUGCUGGUUCAGCCCAUAUAUCACCUGCCGCUGGGGAAUGGAUGCAGGUACUCUCCUCUUUCUGUUGGUUCUGUUUUGUGGGUUGGUUGGAGGUGCAGCUGCCUACUAUAGCAAAACUGGUGACUUGUUUGGAAUGGGCUCUGGAGGACCAGGGAGCGUGCCCUUAAAAAUAAUCUUGAAUCUGGACGACCUGAUCUUCAUCAAUACACAGACCAGCAAAAGGAAACUGAAUGAAGACAGUAUGAUGAAGAGUCAGCUGGAUGUGAAGACCCCUCGCCACUCCGUGUCAGGACGCAGCUACUUUGCCUCUACACCUGACUGCUCCAGUGUCGCUGUGUUCGAGGGAGACUGGGUUUGGUUGAAGAAAUGUCCCAGUGGAAACAGCGUGACAAGUAUCAAUAAUAACACUCAGUGUAUUUUCACCCGGCUCAGGGACAUGCGGCAUGAGAAUCUCAACCUGUUCCUUGGCCUGUUCUUUGAUUCUGGGAUCUUUGGUAUUGUGACAGAACACUGCACCAGGGGCAGCUUGGAAGACCUUCUCAACAAUGAGGAAAUGCGCCUUGACUGGAUGUUCAAGUCCUCCCUGUUGAUGGAUCUAAUCAGGGGAAUGAAAUACUUGCACCACCGUGGUGUUAUCCAUGGGCGUCUGAAGUCCAGAAACUGUGUGGUGGACGGACGCUUUGUGCUGAAGGUGACUGAGUAUGGCUUCAACGAGAUCAUAUUGUCCCAGAACAUUGAGUUUCAUGAGGGCAGGCCUGAGGAUCAACUUUGGACGGCUCCUGAGCUGCUGCGGGACUCCAAGCAGAGGCAGAGUGGAACGUUCCUUGGUGAUGUCUACAGCUUUGCCAUUGUUAUGCAGGAGGUCAUCUCCCGUUCUGCUCCCUUUUGCAUGCUGGACAUGCCUCCCAAGGAGAUCAUUAGCAAGUUGAAAUCCCCCCCACCACUGUGUCGGCCCCAUGUCUCUGUGGAUGAGGCUCCGCUGGAGGUGAUUCAGGUCAUGAAACAGGCCUGGAGUGAGGAGCCAGAAAAAAGACCAACCUUUGAAGAGAUCUUCAAACAGUUUAAGAGUAUAACCAAAGGGAAGAAGACCAACAUCAUAGAUUCCAUGCUACGCAUGUUGGAGCAGUACUCCACUAACCUUGAGGACCUGAUCAGGGAGAGGACAGAGGAGCUGGAGGUGGAGAGAAAGAAGACUGAUAACCUGCUGGCCCAGAUGUUGCCCAGGUCUGUGUGCCUGGCCCUGAAGACGGGCAAGCCUGUGAAACCAGAACACUUUUCUGAGGUCACUCUGUACUUCAGUGACAUUGUGGGCUUCACCACCAUCUCUGCUCUCAGUGAGCCCAUUGAAGUAGUAGACUUACUCAAUGACCUCUACACACUCUUCGAUGCCAUCAUUGGGCAGCACGAUGUCUACAAGGUGGAGACCAUCGGAGAUGCCUACAUGGUAGCCUCUGGGGUUCCAAACCGGAACGGUAGACGCCAUGCGGCUGAAAUGUCAAACAUGUCCCUUGACAUCCUGCACUGUAUUGGAACCUUCAAGAUGAGACACAUGCCUGACGUUAAAGUCAAGAUCCGUAUCGGUCUGCACUCUGGCCCUGUGGUAGCAGGAGUGGUUGGUCUGACGAUGCCUCGGUACUGUUUGUUCGGAGACACAGUCAACACGGCUUCUCGGAUGGAGUCCACAGGAUUGCCUUACAGAAUUCAUGUCAACCAAAGCACAGUCGAUAUCCUGCAUGAACUGAAACUGGGCUACAAAAUAGACACCAGGGGCAUGACAGAGCUGAAGGGGAAAGGAAUUGAAAACACAUAUUGGUUGGUUGGGAGAGCUGGGUUUGACAAGCCACUGCCCAUACCACCUGACCUUACUCCAGGGGCAAGCAACCAUGGGAUAAGUUUGGAAGAGAUUCCUGCCGAUAGAAAACAGAAAUUCCUUGACCGACAGGCAAAGAAUAAGUAGCCUGCAAGAUUGUGUUGCCCAGUCCUCUACCAAAUGUUUGGAGUAAACAAGAGUUGAGGUGAAUAGAGCAGGUUGAUUAGGAGGAUGGGUUAAGGAUGUCUGACAGACGUUCUACUGCAUUACCCCAUGUGUCCUGUCAACAGUGCUGAUACACAUUGCACAAAAAAGCCAAAGUCGGAGAGACACUGUCUUUAGCACAUUACAUUGAUUGCACAGAGCAAAAAUGUGUUUAAAUAGGGGGAUUAAAACUAGAGUUAAUGUGGGAAAUAGGAGGGAUAACUAACAUAAUGAACAAAAUACCAGGUAUAUUGAUGAAGAUGUCACUGAGAAAUGGGAAGAUCACUGGACAAACAUGGGAAGGGAUGGACUUUUGGCUUAAUAAACCCUGUGAAGUGUGUAAUACUGAAUGUACUGUAUUUCUACUGUCUCUUUGCUUUGUAGAAAUUUUGACAGGUUUAAUUUCAAAACCCCAAGGGUGAAAGGUAUUCAUAAACCAUUAUAUGACAUGGGUAUAUUAAAAUGUAGCACAAACUGCAAUGCAUCGGCCCUGCUAUAUUUCAGUUUGGUACAGCGUUUCCUCUUUAUGAGCAAUCUUAGGAGAAGUGUAUUUCCUUACAGGUAGAAUGUAGGCUGUUGAUGAAACUGGUCCAAUACAUUAUCUGCUUUUUUAUUUCCUUAUUGUUCUGCUUCACUCAUUAAAACUGUGUAAUUUAUUGAAUGAAUACUGAGAAAUCUCAAAGAAUUAUUGUACCCAUACAUUAUUCAUUUAUUCUUAUAAGUAAAUGCAUUGGAAAAACAUUGUUCCCAGAAAUUUAACUUUACUACAAUGUAUUUAAAUGUUUCUCCUUAAAAUGAUCUCUCAAAAAUUAUACUUCAUGCUAUCAUUGUAUUGGUUUUUUCUUAUUAAAUACAAUGCAGAUUUGUAUGUAUAGAAACA